AUAAUUUAUUAGAAAAAGACAUGCACAUAUUUGCAAACCGAAAAACUCAACACAUACUAUAGCUAUGGUUCCAUAUAUGCAUUAUAGGUUUUUAUUACUACUAAAUUUCCAAGUGAAAACUGUCAUGAGUUGUGACGACACCGUUGGUGUACGAUAAUGACGCAACACCAGAAACUUUUGCCUCACAACUCACAGCUCUCUGUUUGUUUGAAUUAUAAAUAAAUAUUCCCAUCCAUUCAUAAUUUCAUAUUUCCAAAAGUAGGCAACACACAUACCGCAAAUGGAUGAUCAAUUCCCAUAUCCCACAAUCCGAAAGCAGCAGCAAAUCAAGCACAAGAAACGGCUGAGCGAGGAACAAGUGCGCCUAUUGGAGUCCAAUUUCAACUUCAACAACAAGCUGGACCCCGAGCACAAGUCGCGCCUCGCCCUUGAGCUCGGUGUCCCGCCCAGGCAAGUCGCCAUAUGGUACCAAAACAAGCGCGCGCGCAACAGAAUCCAAGGCCUGGAGGUGGACCACAAGGCCCUGCAGCUGCAGCUCGACACCGUGCUGGCUGACAACUCCAGGCUCAAGGAGGAGGUCCAGAGGCUCAGGCUCGAGUUGACCAGGGCCUCUUUCGCCUCCCCCAGCUCUGGAGACGAGGCUUCCAACCUCGUCUCCAGGGACAAUCUCGAGAGGGAUUUGUACGCGUCUUUAGUUGGGGCCGGAGGCCCCUUCGGGGCGCCCGAUGGAUACGAUUUCUUUGGAUAGUUCGUCUAAUUAAAUCCUUGGUAAAACUCUUGCAUGUCUAAUUUGUGUUUUAUUAGGAGUUACAAUUAAGGGAGUUUUUUUUUUAUGACUGGAUCAAUGUAUAUAUGUCAUAUAUGUUGUCUUAGCACAGUAUUUUUGCAGCGGAAAUCAGUCAAUAACAAUUUUUAGGAAAAUACUUAGACAA